AUGGUGCGGUACUUAAUAUACUUGACAUUCAUUUCUCUUUCGUGUGCGUCAGUUAAAAGCCAAAAAUAUCCUUAUGAUGGAUACGAAAAUGAAUUGACUAUUACUGUAACACCUGGUGGUAUUGAAUGUUUUUUUCAAAAGGCAAAAACUGGAAGCACAUUAGAACUGGAAUACCAGGUUAUUGAUUCAAGUUUUGGAGACGUUGAAAUUCAACAGGAGUUACACAUUAACUUUCAACUAUUAUCUCCUACUGAACGGGAGCUGAUUUCUGAUUUCAAGCAGUCAGAUGCCACACAUAGGCAUGAUGUUAAAGAAGAGGGUGACUACAAAUUUUGCUUUGACAAUCGAUAUAGUUCUUUCUUUAAGAAAACUGUAUAUUUUGAAGUUUAUGUUGAUUCAGAGGAUUAUGAUGAAAAAUGGGAUGAUAUUGAUUUUAUGCCUGAAUUACUUUACAAUGACACCAUGGAUCAACUUAAAAUAUCAAUUGCCAAGCUGAAAGAAGAUCUGAAUAAAAUCAAACACCAUCAAGACCAACUAAAAGCUAUUGAAUCACGAGAUCGUAAUAUUCAAGAACAUAAUUUUACUAGAAUUAAUCAAUUUUCUAUUUUUAUAAUUGUUGUAAUGGUUGUUGUAGGGGCAAUACAAGUAGUCAUGGUUAGAAGUUUGUUUGAGGAACAUAGUAAAUUACAUAAGGUCUUUAAAAUGUUAUCUUGA